AAAGAAAAACAAUGGCAACGCAGUUGGCUACGAAAGGAAAUUAGCCAGUAUCCAUUUAAACGGGUGAAACAGGCGGCAAAACGAACCUAGUGGAACUGCUUUAGUGUUUUGCUGUUUUACUUGGACUUGUAUGAUAUUCUCCAACCACAGAAGGAUAUUCGGCUGGGUUAACUACCAAGACGAUGUGAAGAAGUCUUUAUUUGUAUGCAGCUGACAGGAAGGAGAUGCUGAGCAAGGCUACGGAGAAUAACUGGAGUCUGCUAAUAACAUUUCGUGUUCCGAUUUGCAGAACUGAAAGGUUUUACUCAUUGAGAGUGUAGUUUUACAUGUCUGUGCACUCUGUUUUGGUAUCGCUAUUGUAAACAAAAUGGAGGUUGCUAAGUUGUCUGUACCGUGGACCGGGCUUAGUUUAAACUGCAUGUGUUAAUGAACUGUUUCUGUGAGAGAAAUAGUAGCAUGUAAAUACAUUAAACUCAUCUUAGACGGUGUCAUUCCAGAAUAAAAGCGUAAUACGUAACGUUAAUGAUUAUGUUUACAAUAAAGCAGGUAUUUUUGUUAUGGGACACGCCUCACUAUCAGGCAACAAAACAAUAGAAUAUUAAAAGGGGGACCAGACAUAGUAUGACCGACUCUGAGGAAAGUGUUCCCGGCUGCUCCGGCCUCAGCAGCGGGGCAGGGCUGAGUUUCCCCCCGGGCAGAGGACUCUCGGGUCGGGUAAGGAGUCUGUCCACCCCCUCCCCCCCUGCAAGACUUACCUCCCUCAGAACCAGGGACCUGACACUGGGGGGAGUCUUUAAGAAAGCAACAAAGAAAGCCUUUGAGCCAAAUGUCCACGCUGUGAGGAAAAGCAAAGAUGAGUUAAAGGAAAAGAUCAGAGGGGCUCCUAAAAAAGAGAGAAGAAAGAGGGAGAGCAGGGGGAGGAGGAGAGAGAGGCCGCAGACCAUCCAGUCUCACUCCAUCUUCGAGCAGGGUCCUGCCGACACCGUACGCAAAACAGGGUGGCGUGGUGCUACGGACCUGCAUGCCUCCACCUCCUCUUCUGCCUGCAAACUGGUGAAGAAGGAGAGGGAGAAAUCAGAGGAGGAGGAAGAUGAGAUACUCAGUAAACUACAGAGGGAUGAUUUCAUAGAUGAUCCAGGUCUGAGGAACGAUGAAAAGCUGACCCCCAUCCAGCUGCCUCUGGGUCAGCCCAGCAGCUUCAAAAGGACACAGUCAUCCAGCACAUGUCCAGAGAAGCCUCUUGUGUUCAGAGCUCCGUCCUGUAGAGCCGGAGUCAGGACAGAGCUGCCCAAAGCGGAGCAGCCUUCCGUGGGACAGCUGCUGCAUGAGCUCAGCCUGUCGGACAGAGGGGAGCUCUUCUUCAUGCAGCUUCCUGACAGCAUGCCGGGGAGAGCCGCUCAGAAAGUGGACCCUCCUCUAGCACCUACAGCAGACAAACCUGCCAAGAAGGAAGGCAAGCAUGCAGAUAAGAGGCCGGCACAACCUCAAACACAAGCGCCGCUGAAGGAGGGCUGUCCUGUUCUGUCACAGCUCCCAGAAGGAUUUCUGGGUAAACUGCAGAUCAGGAAAUCCGGAAAGGUGCAGCUGAAGAUGGGUCAGGUUGUGAUGGACGUCUCUGAGGGAGCUGCUUUCUCCUUCCUGCAGCAACUGGUGUCUGUGCGUCUGUCUGACGGUCGAACUGGAGACAUGAUGGUGUUAGGAAACGUCCGCCACAAACUGGUCUUAUCUCCUGACUUCCAGUCGUUACUGAGACAAGCUGCACCACAGCAGCCACAAGGACCCUGAACACCUCUCAAGGUCACUGACUCUCCGACACACGCUGUGAGAAUAUUGUAGGACGGCUGAUCCGAUCCCUGUGGAGGAAGUGACCUGCAGUCUAAUGUAUACUCUUCAUACCUCUGGUUUGAGGUUAAGGCAGCUAUGUAGGUUAUUAACGGCAACCUGCAUCAUCUGAAUGCUAUCAUUGAGCUAAGCACAUUUUAAAUAUAGAAUCUGUGAUAGAAAAACAAACUCAUAAACAGUCCCUCUGAUGUGAAGACACUGCCAGAUCGUUUUUGUAAAGGUGCUUUACUCCCCCCUACUGAUCAACAAGGACUCAAUUGUAGAUGUUACCUGAGAACUUAAUACCCGUUAACUGAUGACUUCUCACACUCCGUCGUUGUGUGCGUUCAAAAUGGUCGUGACAACAGGCUGUUAUCAUAUGGCGGAGGUUUCCAGACUUUAGUCACACACUGAGUGAGUUACAGAUGCUAUCAGUCCGACAGUCUGACUGAUAGAUGAUCCACUAGAUGCACUAAUUGUAGUUUAAUUUUCCCUCCACUCAACUAUAGAUUUUGUAUUCUGAAUCAGCUGUUACUUUGUUACUUGCUCUAUUUUCAAUUGUCUGUUUUAACAUGCUUUGUAUUCUAUUUUUGUAAGCUUGUAAUUAUCUCUUGAAGAAAAGAGAUGUCAAGGGACUCCCUGGUUCAAUAAAAAACAUCUGAUGUACGACUGGGA